AUGUCACGACCGGAACAUCAAGCACCCCCUGAAAUCGUCUAUGGUGGCGAAGAGGCAGCAAAGUACACUGGAAACUCCCGUAUUGCAGCUAUUCAAGCGGAGAUGGCCAGCCGUGCUGUCGAGUUGUUGAAUUUACCUGAGGGAUAUUCUGGACUUAUUCUGGAUGUCGGUUGCGGAUCAGGGCUUAGUGGUGAAGUUCUGGAUGAGUAUGGUCACGUCUGGAUUGGAUUUGACAUCGCCCCUGCCAUGUUGGAGGUAGCGUUGGAGAAUGAGGCUUCUGGAGAUCUGUUCUUACAGGACGCAGGACAUGGGAUGGCUUUCCGACCUGGUACAUUCGACGGCUGUAUCUCUAUUUCAGUCCUGCAAUGGCUCUGCAAUGCCGAUAAGACUUCUCACCACCCAAAGGCUCGUCUUAUGCGAUUCUUCUCUACCCUUUAUUCCUCCUUGAGACGUGGCGCCCGUGCAGUGUUCCAGUUCUAUCCCGAGAAUGAUGACCAAGUCCAAUUGAUUAUGGGAUGUGCUGUCCGCUGUGGUUUCGAAGGAGGUCUUGUUGUCGACUAUCCUAAUUCUAAGAAGGCAAAAAAGUUUUAUCUUUGCUUGUUUGCAGGACAGGAGAUCAAUGGUGUCAGACAACAACUUCCUGCUGCACUGGGAGAAGACGGGGAAGGGGAGCCUGAAGAAACUGGAGUGCAAUAUACAUCCAAGAAGAGGAAUGAUUCCCGCAUGCGCUCUAGUAAGCGUAAACCCCUUAAAGAUAAGAACUGGGUCUUGAAGAAGAAGGAACAAUUGCGUGCAAAAGGCGAUAAGACUGCCAAUGACUCCAAAUAUACGGCUCGCAAGCGUCGU